UCAGAGUUCUCAAUGCUUCUUUCCCUUCAUUCCGGGGUACAUUACAACUCUUGAGAAAGACCAUGAGCACAACCAAAAAGAAAUCGCUUCCCUUGACUCUUCGCAUCACGAAGUGCGUGAACUCCGUUCACAGCAAAAUGACUGACCGUUUGAUUAUGAGAGAGGCUGUUCCCUCCAGACACUACAUGAUCAAUGGAGAAAUUGUCGUUGUGGCGGAUCCAGGGCAUUCAGGCCCCGGUAAAUCAGCUUCCGUUCAACUUUGCAGCUGCACCAAGGUUGACCCGGAUACUGGCAAAGGGAAGUUGAGCAAGAAAGCAAUUCUCAGGCAUGUAAAGACUACGAAAGACAAAGGGCUCAACAUCACAGUGUACAGUGUGAAGUUCAAAGUGGAAGCAGAAUUUGGAAUUCCAGGAGCUUUCCUCAUAACCAAUGAGCACAAGCAUAAAUUCUUCCUCCAGGCUGCCACCUUCGAGGUCUCAAGUGUCGAGAUCAUCCACUUUGACUGCCAAACAUGGGUAUUUCCCAUUAGAAGAACAAAGACGGACAGAAUUUUCUUCUCCAAUACUUGUUAUCUUCCAAACCAAACACCAGCAGCUAUGGUAGAACUGAGAAGAGAGGAACUUCAUAGCUUGAGGGGAGAUGGUACGGGAGAGAGGAAGGAGUGGGAGAGGAUAUAUGAAUACGAUCACUAUGAUGACCUUGGUAAUGCUGACCAAGGUCACGAACAUGCAAGACCCAUCUUAGGUGGGAACCAAGCACAUCCUUAUCCUCGUAGGAUUCGAACAGGAUGCACUUGUAGCGAUAAUGGUAUGAUCCUGGUCUGUUUUCCUUCAUUUGUGCCAAGAAUCUGGCAACCGCUUUUCGACUUAGAUAUAUUUGUUCCUCCUGACGAGCAACUUCACCCAAAGAAGUUACUCGAGCUGCUAUCAAAUUCUAUCCAGUCAGCGGUACAUUUUAUUGUACAAGAGACGAAAUCCUUAAUCAAAGAGGAUUCAGGUAGUUUUGACUCAUUCAAUGAGAUACUUGAAGUGUUUUCUGGCAAUCAAGGACAACAUGCGGAGAAAGUUCCUGAUGUAGUUAGGAAGAUGGCACCCAAUAAGCAACUUAAAAGAAUGAUUCGAGCCAAUAAAACAAAUCAAGCAAAAUUCCCACUACCUCAGAUAAUAGCAGAGGACAAAUGGGCCUGGAAAGAUGAUGGCGAGUUCGCCCAGCAAAUGAUUGCAGGAAUAAAUCCAGCAACAAUUCAAAGGUUGCAGGAAUUCCCACCAUAUAGCAAAAUUGGACAGAGAAGUUCAAUCGAGGCCGCCCAUAUCGCCCAUAACCUUGAUGGCCUGACUAUUGAGCAGGCUAUGAGUCAACAUAAGACAUUCAUCCUGGAUCAUCACAAUUAUCUUAUGUCGUUCCUCAACAGAAUAAACACAAAGGGCAUUUGUGCUUAUGCAUCUUGGACAUUAUUAUUCUCUAGUAGGGAUGGGACGCUAAAACCGGUGGCAAUAGAACUGAGCUUGCCUGGCUCAUCAAGCAGCGUGGAGGUCCACAGGGUAUUCGUUCCAGCAAGCCAAGGCACUGAAGCAGCAUUAUGGCAGCGUGCUAAGACCCAAGUCAUGGCAAAUGAUUCUGCGCAUCAUCAACUAAUCUGUCAUUGGUUGCAUACCCAUGCCGUAGUCGAGCCGUUCAUUAUUGCUAGUAGAAGACAAUUGAGCGUGAUGCACCCGAUCCACCAGCUAUUACGUCCACACUUCAGGGACACCAUGCACAUAAAUGCACUCUUUAGGCUUAUCCUCAUAAACUCCGGAGGAGUCCUGGAGAAGACACUUUUCACCCGAGAAGUGUCCGUGGAGUUGUCAUCCAAGCUCUACAAAGAGUGGGGAUUUGACGAACAAGGCCUCCCUUCAGACUUAUUGAAAAGGUACUCUUUCCUUACUGAUAAUUCUUAGUCGCUAUUCAUUUUCUUGUUUAAUCACAUCAGUCUCUCUAUGGAGAUAGUCCACACAGUGAUAUGUUAAGGGGGAAUAGGAGAUCAU